AUGCCCCCCUUGAGACCUGUUCCUUUCUGUGAUCAUACAACUAACGAAAAGAAGCUGGGUGGUACAAUGGCAUUCAUGGUCAUCCCCACUUUCUCCACGACCGCUACAACCGUUUGGGGACCCUCAACUAUGCCACCCAGCGGUCAGCUAGUAAGCUCUAUUACAAACCAGACGACAGUCCGAGCCCUUUAUCUUCCCCCAUCUACUAUCGAGCAGUGGUGGACAUGCGACCCAGAUGCGCGCAAGAAGGCAGAAGGUCUCGACUUUGUACUCUUUGGCGGCGGACCUCUAGCUCCAAGUGUCGGGCAAAAGCUCAGCGAAUUGACUGACCUUUGUCAAAUGUACGGGUCUAUUGAGAGCGGCCAGAUCCAGAUGCUUGUUCCGCAGCCCGGAGAAUGGCAGUACCUUGAGCCUAAUCCUGCCGAGGAGUGUGAUAUGCAGAGGGUGGAGGAGGGCUCCGGUCUUUAUGAGCUGGUGCUGCAUCAGGAUGAGAAAUUCCGUGGGCGGCGCACUCUGUCACAUACAUUCCCGGAUGUAAAGGAAUGGCGCACGAAGGAUCUAUUCACUCCUCAUCCUACAAAGGCAGGCUUGUGGCAGUUCCACUCUCGCACUGACGAUCUCAUCGCGCUAGGAACUAGCGCUAAGGUGUUUCCAGUUCCCAUGGAGACGGCUCUCCAAGGAGAUCCUAAUAUCGCUGGCGCGCUGGUUGUCGGAAACGCCCGUCCAGCGGUUGUACUUAUAAUUGAGCCAGUGCAGUCCGUGAGCCACGAGAACAGAGAGGAAUUUGUUGACAAGAUAUGGCCAUCAGUUGUAGAAGCAAACGGCGCUGCACCCACGCAAGGCAAGAUCUCGCGAUCCCGUAUUCUCCUGACUGAUCCUGAAGUUGGCUUUGCAAGAACCCCGAAAGGCACUAUUGCACGAAAGACGUCAGAGGCUAUUUAUACGGCAGCUAUUGAUGCGCUGUUCCGAGGUGGUAUUGUCGAGGAUAACGGCUUGACUGGUGCCUUUUGA